AUGGCAAAAUCAUUUCCACACUCCCUUGUCUUGAUACUAUUCACAAUACUAUCAACCCUUUCCCAAUCAAUCCUAGCCGUCAAAUAUGUAGCCAUCAACGACGCCAAGCAAUUCCCCGGUGGGGCCCGGUUCGAGCGCGAGAUCGGAAUCCCCUACACUUUACAAAUCAUGAAAAAAAUCAACCUUUUUAUCUACAAAAUGUUCCAACAAAAAAUCGAGGGCGAAAAGCGCACAAUCGACACCGUCCAUCUCUACAUCCAACAAUUCGACGGCGCUGAAGGAAUAACUUACGGCGAUCACGUUAAUGUCAGUGCAUUGUACCUUCAGGGCUACCAGGGGAACCUUAAAUGGGAAUUUACUUCCUUAUUGUACCAUGAAUUGACGCACGUGUUCCAAUGGAUAUCGGGGCCUAUGGGACUCGUCGAAGGGAUCGCCGAUUAUACUAUUCUUAAAGCUAAUUAUUACCCGCCCGGGUUUGCCAAGCCCGGACAGGGUGAUAGGUGGGAUCAAGGGUAUGAUAUAACGGCUAGAUUUUUGGAAUAUUGUGACAGUUUGAAGUCGGGAUUUGUGGCGGCGCUAAACCGUAAGAUGAAGGAUGGUUAUAGUGAUGAUUAUUUUGUUGAGUUGUUGGGAAAACCUGUAAAUCAAUUGUGGAGUGAGUACAAGGCUCGUUAUAAUCAUAAUGCUGUGUUGCCGUUUGCUUUUAGGCAAAGAUUCAGAUAA